CUAAAAUAAAAUUUAAGACAACCAAAAUAUGCACCCUAUCUAUAUGAGGCGAAACACUGGCAUUCCAACCUAUGGACUUCGGCAGUCCAUCCUCCUUAAUAAAUGGCUCCAGGACUGUUACGUUGAUGCACCCACCCUCACCAACAUACGGACUUCCAAAACGUGUGCAAACUCGAACGUAGCUACAAAGGGAAGUCCCAUGUCUUCCUGGGAAGUUGUCAAGAACCCCCUAGUUUCGAGCUCCUUCUCUCUGGUUAAAUUAGUCCUCAGGAGGCAGCUGAAGGACAAAUGCUGCCCCAUACCUCCCAAGUUAGGUGGUGAGGGGAAGGCACAGAAGAUUCCAAAGGUCAAGACCAAGGGGACUGUGGCAGUGAGGGCUGACCCAGGGGAGGAGAACAGAGAGUCUGUCCCAAACAAAAACAAGAGCCCUUCCGGGAAGCUGUCUGGCACAUCGGAUCCGAUGAGGCCUACAGGACAUAAUAGUGAGAGAAAAGAAAAUCUAAAUGAAGAAAGGGGGGCAGUCAGUGAAGAUCUCCAAUAUGGGGCCAUUACCCAAAUACCCCCAGGAGAAAUCGAGGGAACAGCCGGGAAAAUCCAAGACGUGCCUCCAGAAAACAGGAGCUAUCGACACUCCCAGGGGGCACUUGUUAUCCACGGGCUCUCAGCUGAGCAAUACACAGCCUUGUACCACUCAGUGGUGGAGCCCCUGCUGUGGAAUACAUCAGGGACCCCCAAGAGAUACAGCCUGGAGCUAGGGAAGGUCAUCAAGCAAAGGCUCUGGGAAGCCCUAUGCAGUCAGGCCACGACCCCUAGCCCUGGAGCAGGCCCUGGGAGCUUCCUGAACAACGCCCUCCUGCCCGGGAAGCGAACAGGUCCUGAACUGGAGAGGGAUGCCAGCGAGGCACCGGCAGCAUCCAAGUGGCCGAAGACUGAGUAAAGACCGUGGGAAUAGAAAGGAAGAAGAGAAACACCGAUUAAUAUUUGAUACUGUAUGUUGGAAAAUAAAAA